UAAAAAAUAUUUCCGAAUUCUUAAAGCAGUGCCCGUUAUGAAUAUUAACAACAGCUGGCAGCUGCAAUCAAGAGUCGAUUGACACAAUAAAAAUAAAUUUAUAAGCGAAAAAUGCUCUUUCCAACCGAUUGCGCCUAGAGUGUAAAAUUGCCCAACAUGAAAAAUUGCGCUCGACGCAAAUGACAUGUGAUUCCGCCAGCACCUGACGAAUUUAGCUACGUGCGUACGAUAGAAUUGCCUGAAUUACGAAUUGAAGCAGCGACAGCCUCGCAGGUGUACUGGGCGUGCUUGUGCAUUAAAUUCGCGCAUCGCACAACCCGAUUAACCAGCAAGAGCCAGAGCAGAAGCCCGAGCCCGAGCGAGAGCCAGAGUCCAGCAGCAAACACACAUGACCGUGCUACGGGCGGCACCAAGAACGUGACACAUGGCGAUGUACUUUUAUGCCAAUAAGAUAUCGGCCAUUGUCUGCGGCACGCGUUGCAAGCAAGCCGUGCUGCAAAAGUCGCGUGGGUCGCGGGAUCGUGAUAAGGAUAAAUGCCGGCGCCAUCGGCAGCGUCAUCGAAGCAGAAGACGCAGCAGCAGAUGCCAGGAGAGCAGCUCUGACAGCGAGACGAGCGCCGAUGAUGCCUGCUGUGGACACGACCUGGACGCCGCUGCGCAUCCGGAUGUGGGAAUUUUUCUGCUCAAUACCAGCAACUCGAAUGCGGAGGCCGCACAGCUCGGUCUCGAGCUGGGCUUCACCAACGAGGGCAUGCGGCUGCGACGUCGACACAGCGCAGAGCAGCUAAAUGCACACGAUUUGGAGCUGGGCUUGCAGCACUACCAGCUUGCAGCCAAAGAUGAUCCGGUUCAAUAUGAUGUGCCCAAAAAUACGCACAAGCGCAGCCAAUGUGAUAUCAACUUUGAGAGCUCUGUUUUGGGUUCCGGCGGCAUCAUGUAUAUAAAUGGUAAAAUUGUUUCCGGCCCACUUGACUCAUUCCCCGAGGUGCUCAAUCCCAAAAAUGUCAUGGAUUUAGAUAAGGAAUUUCUGUUCUCAUUUUUAUUAUCGUCACGUCUGUUUAUGCGACCCCACGAGCUGCUCGGCAAGCUGUUGGCAUCGGUGGCCGAGGGCAAGUGUUUGGAGACACUAGUUGCCCUGCUGGCCGAGUGGACGCAGAAGUUUCCAUACGAUUAUCGUGACGAGCGCAUGAUGAAUCAUGUAAAACAUAUCGUUGCUAGAUGUUCCAAUUCACAUUUAGAAGCCAUAGUCUCCCAAGUACUAAGUGCCUUACUUCAACGUUUGACUGAUUUAGAGCAGCACGAGGCCGAUCUACGUGCCUGCCAGACCAACAGUGACAAGGUCGUUGCACCAAUCAACUGCCCAACGGCCACUCAAUAUGCACAAAUAUUGUGCCGACUGGAAAAGAAACUGGCCAAGCACAUUGGACCGGAGGAGUUUGUCCAGUGCAGCAGCAUGGUGCUAUUGGACAAGCAGCAAGCCUCAUUAACACAACAAAUCGUCGGGUCGUGUUGGUUUUUGCAGAAAAAAUGGGACCAACCAAUAUCGUCGGGUGGACCACCGGGUGCCCAGGAUCCGAAGAAGACCUGCAAUCUGGAAACGUAUCUGGACUGGUCGGCACGUCUACGUCUGUUUGUCUGCAAUGAGAUACUGCAGUGCACCGGAAUUGAGGACCGCAGCCGAACGGUUGAGCUCUGGAGCGGCGUCGCCCAGUACUGUCUGCUCGUCGGCAAUUACAAUAGCGCCACGGCCAUCUUGGAGUCCCUUGAGUCACCUGCUAUAGCAAGACUUAAAAUAACGUGGAGCAAAUUGCAAGUGACAUGUCAACAAUUGGAUUGCAUGCAACGGCAUGCCGAAGGACACGGGCAUUUAUGGCAGAAGCAGGCAAUCGUUCUAAAUGAGCAGCAGCAAAGUCUAAAGACUGAUAAGCAGCCUAGGGCCGCAUCAUCAUCAACAGCAUCAUCAGCAUCGAUAACGAAAAACUCAUCGUCAACAUCAUCUGCAACAGCAGUAGAAGUAGCAGUAGCAGUAGCAGCAGCAGCAGCAGCAACAACAAUAAACUCCUCCACCUCCACGUCAUCCGGUGCUCUAGAAGAUUUGGUUGAGCAGCCAUCGACAUCGACAAGUGCCAGUGGGCAGCCAGUUGGCAUAACAGGCAUUUCCGGUUUCAAUGCAAUGCCAGCGUCAUUGGAGAAGGCAACGCUAGAGGUGCCUUCGACUGGCAGCAGCAAUGUGGAAGCAGCCACAGCCACAGCCGCAGUAACGCCAACACCAACAGCAACAACAACACCAACUAUUUGUGGCAAGCCCAAUGAUUGGGUUGUUAUUCCAGUGUUUGCGGAUAUUGUUAAAUUGGCGCUGGCCGAACGGGAAAACUGUUUGCAAUGCUUACCAAAUGGCCACAUCAAUGUGAUUGCCUUCGAUCGAAUGGCGGCCAUUGUCGGCGCCUUUACCAAGCACAUGCAGGCGAUGAAAUCGACACAGGCGCCAUCUAGCGGCGAGUACGAGCACUUCUGCACCCACAUGCAGCGAACUACAAAACUUAGCGAAGCGGAACUCAUGAUGGCUUCAUUCGAUUGCGAAGAACCGAACAAUGCUGAGAAGCUAAUGUAUGAUUUGAAUUAAUUUCGAAAGAAAACAAAACUGAAUAAUUAAAAAUAAUAAUAAUA